AUGUCGCUCACAGCGCGGCAGGUGUAUCAGUCGGGGGCCAGCACGAGCGUGGAGUGCGUCUCGUGCGGCGAGACAUCCACCACGGCUUCGUGGCGCAAGGGUUGGCCCAUCCCAGGCGGCCAAUACGCCAACAUGUGCAACAGAUGUGGGCAGUCGUGGGUCAAGCUGGGCAGGCCCGGCAGCCUGGCGCAGCUACGGGAGGCUGAGCGAAGGAAGGCGGCAGGCGGCGGCGCCGCCGCCGCCGGCUCCAAGCGCCCUGCCGCAGACGCGUCCCUGCCGCCCUCCCCGCUGCUGCGCGGCGUGCUGGCGGGACAGGAGGCGGGGGCCGCCAAGCGGCCACGGCUGCCGCCGCUGGCGCUGGCUCUGCCACUGCGGCCGCGGCGCCGGCUGUCAUCCGGGGAGGAGUCGCCCAGCAGCUCUGCAGACACCACCACCCCAUCGCUGGGCAGGCAAGUGGGGCACCAGGAAGGCCCCCCAGCCUGGUCACGAAGCUUUGAUGGCCCCGCAGCCCACCCCACCCCGCAGCAGCAGUGGGCGCGCAGCCUGGCUGCGUCGGGCGGCCCGCGCUUUGUCUCCUACGCCGUCCAGAAGCUGACGAGCGGCAAGGCGGCCCACGCGCUGUUCUGGCUGCAGGACGAGCGCGGCGACAGCACGCUGGCCGCGGUGGGCACCGACGCCCGCCUGUCGGGCCACUUCAUCUACUCCAGCUGCCCCGCCUUCCUGGCACUGGGCCUGGCGCCGCCGCUGCGGGUCACCAACAGGGGAGAGGUGGCCGCCUGGCUGGCCGGCUUCGGGGUGGCGGCCCAGGUGGACGAUUCGUCGGUCAGGCUGCCGGAGCUGUCGGCGGAGGAGAAGAGCAGGGUGCUGAACCCUGAGUCGCCCGUGUGGGCGCGGCCAGAGGGCCUCCGCGCCGGCAGCUGGACGGGCGUGCGGGAGGAGAGCGGGCGCCUGGCCGACGGUCGCCACUUCAAGCGCUUCUGGAUGCUGGGCCCUGGGGGCGCCGACAAGCUGGUGGUCACGGGCGUCGACUCCAGCCGCAAGGACCGGCGCUACAAGUACUUUGCUGAGGAGGAGAUGGGCGGCUUUGCCUUUGAGAACGCGCGAGAGGUCAUGGCCUGGGUGAACUAUGCCCUGUGCCGCCCCGCAGACGCGCCGCUGGAGCCGGAGCAGGUGCGGUGCCCGCAGGCGCUGAGGGAGGAGGACCUAGGCAGCCUGGCCGCCCGCAUCCGGGCCGCGGCGCAGCAGGAGCGGACGCCGCUGAUGGCGCCUGCGGCACCCCGGGCGAGCCCCGCCAGCAAGCAGCACGCGGGGAACUCGGCGGCGGCACCAGCCUCGCCAGCCGGCAGCCCUUACACCUCCUCCCUGUCGGGCAAGGUGCGCCCCGCGCCGCAGAGCCACCCGGCGCCGGCCGGCAGCAGCGAUGCGGGCGACUCGCCGCCGCCCUCGCCGCUGGCGCGGCCCCCCGCGGCGGGCGCCUCGGCGCAGCCGGCCCCGGCUCCAGCGGCGGCGGGAGGCGUGCGGCCGCCCCUGCCGCGCAUCGCCACCCAGUCCCGCCUGGUGGGCCUGCGCUGCGCCACCUGCGGGCUCACCUGCCACACCAGCGACGAAUGCCUGCUGGCAGUCAUCUCUCCGCCCAGCCUGCUCAUCCGCACCGACGGCGGCGGCGGCGGCGGCAGCGGCCACCACCGCACCUUCUCCCUCCUCCUCACUCACCCCGCCCCGGGCUCCGCCACCGCCGGCGGCAGCGGCGGCGGCAGCGGCCACGAGGGGGAGGAGGAGGCGUGGCAGCCGCUGCCCUCGCCGCAGCUUCUGAGCGGGGGCUGCCCUCAUUGCAUACAUAGUGCGCCUUUCCCUGCUUUUCUACAAGCCUUUGCCGCCGACCCCGACCUCUUCCGCUUCGUGGCGAGCGCCCCGAGCGACAGCGCCCGCGACGCCUUUGCGCGUUGGGCAGCCAAGCUGAACAGCCACAUCUCAGACAGCCCUCCCCCGCUGCCCACCUCAGAGCUGGACACGCCGCUGGGCGGGUGGAGCUGGACGCCCACGGUGGAGGCGCUGGCCAUCCUGCGGGAGCUGUCCACAGCGCAGGUCAGCCUCAACCUGCUGCAGAAGACUGGCAUCGCAGGCGCCGUGGCCCAGCUGCGCAACCACCGCGACCACCUGGUGGCGUCGGCGGCCGAAGGCAUCGUGGCCAAGUGGCGUGCGGCGGCGGUGUCUGCCCUGGACCAAGCCACUCGCGCUUAA